CUUUAACCACUGAGCCACCCAGGCGCCCCUUUCUGUGCUUUUUUAUUAAGGACAAGUGUUAAACCCAUAGUUCUUAGUUCAUAGACUCUCAGGAAUUGUUUCAAUGAAUGAUGCAUAUUUAUGUUAUCUUAGCCACUAUAAACAUCUUUUUUCUGGGCAUGUGGAUCUUAGUAUAUAGAAUUUGAAAUAUUUUUAUGGUUGUUAGAUUCAAAGUUUUUUUCUUGAGGGCUUAGAUAUUUUGCUCUAGAAAAUUCAUGUUACAUAUCAGAAAUAUAAUUUAAACAUAUUUUCCAUAUAAAAGACUUAACCACAAUAAUCAUAUUAUUUAGUAGGAGUCAUACAGGAAAGUGAUCAUAAUGUUUGGUUGCUUAAAUUACAUAUGCUUGUAUUUGUGUAUGAUACUCGUAUAUAAAUAGAUUUUCUAUGUCAUUGCUUAAGAACAAAAAGAUUUGGGGAGGUUAAAUCAAAUUUGGGUAAAAUAUUUCCUGAAUAUAUAUUAUUUUUACACAAAACAUACUAUCCUUGAUAUAUUAGGAAGAGAAAUGUUAACAGUCUUUAAGAAGAAAAAUAACUACAGAUCUGCAUGUUUUCCUUGACCUUCCUGCAGUUUAUUGUGUGUGGUUUGAUUUUCCUUUUUGGUACUUGAGUAUUUUCUUCCCAGAAUGAAAUGUAUUUUAAAACUACAUUGCAGAAAGUAUUGUCCUCUAAUUUAGCAUCACAUUGUUAACCUUGUAUUCAUUAAUUCUCUGCUUAUAAAAAUUUGAAGGACAUACAUUAUGAGACAGAGUGCAUUAGCUGACAUAGUCCUGAUAUCUGUGUGAGCAAACACAUUUUGUCAUUAUUAUAGCCAUAGUUGCUAUACAUUUGCUUCUGGGCUAUUAACAUACACUUAAGUGGGUAAUUAUUACAGAAGGUGCCUUCUCCUUGACUUUGAUUCCUAGCAGCUCAGGUAUUCAAGUAUAAUUAUGCUAUAAGUUUUGAGAUUUAGUUUUCUUUUUUGCAAGUUAUCUUUAGAACAUUGUAAGUAUUAGGACAUUAUUGGUUUCCAGACAAAGUGUUUGGUCAGCUUUAUUCCAAAAAUACUAGUAAUAUAUUGAUAGUGCUUAUUCUUCUAUGCUUUAAGUUUUUAUUAAAUUAUUUAAACCAUAUAAUAUUAUAUUUGGGUAACUGGUAAAUGCUAUGCCAGGAACCAAUUUUUCCACUUUAUAGAGCCAUCUCUAACUUAUUAGAUUGUAUUUUUACAAAUUUGUAUUCUCAGAUCCAUACCACUAUUUGUAUAAAAUGAAAACAAUAUUAUAAAUGCUAGUUAAGUUCCCAGGCUAACCCACAGAGAUACAUUCAUGACCAAAUGUUGCUGACUUCUGAUAUUAAUUAUACUGACCUUAAAUUCUGGGACCUAAGGUCAAGACAGUUAUGGGGGUGAGGAUGGAGUAGGAGAACAAGAAGAUACUCUUUGCUAGCUACUAAUGGUUAAGAACAUCAAUAAGGUUUGGCCUUCCCAGAGUUAUAAUUUUAAAUUAGAAAAUUUUAAACUCUGAAGAAUCAUUGGUAGAAUUUCAGGCAAUGUAGUUUAGAUAAUUAAGGAUGAAAUAUUUUUACUCUGGUCUCAGUUCAGUUUUAUAAAUCCCUAAAUUCAAUUUUACUUAGUAAAUUGGUUUUAAUUACUUCUUCCUUCUUUCCACAUUUGAAUCCACAUAUUUUCUAAGUGCUAAUCUCAUACACAAUUGAGUAGGGAUAGUUGCUGAUAAGGGGGAAGGACAAUGGUCACAAUUUAUAAAUGUUGCUCUUUUGCAGUUUGGGACUAGGAUCUUUUUGUAAAUGUUCCUUUGUUUCAGGGAGUGGGUUACAUGUGUUGUUUUGUUUUUCCUGGGAAGAUCCUCUUCUGUAUAUUAUUUGGUAUGAUUUAAAUGUUUCCUUUUUCUUACAGGUUUUUGGUAAAUAUACCAGCUCUAGAACAAGUGAAUCAGAUUUUACACAUCUUAUUUAUAUUUUUACCCUUUCUGUGGGCACUAGGGACUCUGCCCCCACCUGACUCACUUUUCUUAUGGGCGAUGGAGCAGGUUUUAGAGUUUGGCCUUGGAGGCUCAUCUAUGUCAACACACCUCCGGUUGUUAAUAAUGUUCAUCAUUUCUGCUGGAACAGCUGUAACAUCGUAUUUCAUUCCCAGCACUGUUGGUGUGGUUCUUUUCAUGACUGGACUUGGGUUCUUACUGAGUCUUAACCUAAGUGACAUGUGUCUUGUCUUCAAACACAGUGUGACUAGACACAGAGUUGGAACCAAAUCUGAGGCUUUACCCAGUGGUUCAGAAAAACAGUUUACGUGGAAGGAGUGCCUUUUCUACAUCAUCAUAUUAGUCUUGGCUCUCAUAGAAACUAGUCUGCUGCAUCAUUUUGCUGGUUUCUCACAGAUUUCCAAAAACAGUCCUCAGGCUGUUGUUGGCUAUGUUUUGAUGAUAUUGCUUAUAAUACUGUGGAUACUUAGAGAAAUUCAAAGUGUCUGUAUCUUUGGAAUUUUCCGAAACCCUUUCUAUCCAAAGGAUGUGCAAACUGUGACUUUAUUCUUAGAAAAGCGAACAAGGCUUGUGAAGAUUGGUGUUGUCAGACGGAUUUUGCUAAAUCUAGUAUCACCCUUUGCUAUGAUAGCAUUUCUUUCAUUGGACAGUUCCUUACAAGGGCUCCACUCUGUGUCUGUCUCCAUUGGAUUCACGAGAGCUUUUAGAAUGGUAUGGCAGCAUACAGAAAAUGCUUUAUUGGAGACAGUCAUUGUAUCAGUAGUACACUUGUUGAUCUCCAGUACGGAUGUGUGGUGGAACAGAAGUGUGGAUACAGGAAUCAGACUCUUAAUAGUUGGCAUCAUGCGUGAUCGUCUGAUUCAGUUCAUCUCUAAGCUGCAAUUUGCUGUGACUGUACUUUUGGCAUCGUGGACUGAGAAAAAACGUCGGAAGUCAACCACCACUUUAUGUAUUCUCAACAUUGUCUUCUCUCCAUUUGUGUUGGUCUUCCUCAUUUUCUCUACACUACUCUCCUCUCCCUUACUCCCCCUCUUCACCCUUCCUUUGUUCUUGGUGGGCUUUCCCCGACCUGUUCAGAUAUGGCCAGGAGCAGUGGGCACCGCGGCCUGCGUGUGCACAGACACGGUGUACUACGACCAGAUGGUCCCAGGUCUGACCACUGCACUGCAGGCUGCAAUGGCAGCUGGAAGUUUAGGUCUCCUCUUACCUGGAUCUCAUUACUUGGGCCGUUUUCAGGAUCGUUUAAUAUGGAUAAUGAUUCUAGAAUGUGGUUAUACUUACUGCUGUAUUAACAUUAAGGGGUUAGAAUUGCAAGAGACAUCCUGUCAUACUGCUGAAGCUCAAAGAGUUGAUGAAGUUUUUCUAAGUGCCUUUGAACAAGAAUAUUCAAGAGUAUGUUCUAUUAAUGAACACUUUGGAAAUGUCUUGACACCCUAUACUGUUUUGCCAGUAAAACUCUAUUCUGAUGCCAGGAAUGUUCUAUCUGGCAUAAUCGAUUCUCAUGAUAAUUUAAAAGAAUUUAAAGGUGACCUUAUUAAAGUACUUGUGUGGCUACUUCUUCAGUACUGUUCAAGAAGGCCUCAUGUGCAGGAGGUUGUUCACAAAACUGAAAGUAAAGGGCAAGCAUCUCUAAUAAUCCUGCCUGCUUUGAAUACUUCACCACAAACCCAAUCUCCAGAAGACUCAGAUAGUUUAAAUUCAGAAAUUUUGGAUGACUGGUCUGAUGAUAAUGUUUUUGGUGAUGAGCCAACUAUCAGAAAAGGAAAAGAAGAAAAAGAUCAAUUAAAAGUUGUACCAGGUAUAAAUUUUCCUAUUCCAGGAUCAGUAGAGUCUCAGGAUGUUGGUGAGCAUUCUGAAGGCACAGUUCCUGAAAACAGUCUUUACAAGUCAGUUAUAUUGGGAUACCCUGUUGUUGACAAAGGAAAACAAAAAGAUGUGGCAUAUAUCCCCCUUGUGGAAUUCAGUUGUUCUCAUUCUCACUUGUUACGCUUACCUGAAGAGUGGACAUCUAGCUGUUUGCCUAAUUCCAAGAUGAGGGAGAUGAGCUCACUCUUUCCAGAAGAGUGGUACCAAUUUGUGUUAAGGCAGUUGGAAUGUUUUCAUUCAGAAGAAAAUGCCUCAAGUGUCCUAGAAGAAAUUGCAAAGGACAGAGUUUUAAAAGACUUUUAUGUUCAUGCAGUAAUGACUUGUUAUUUUAGUUUAUUUGGAGUAGACAGUAUGGUUCCCAGUCCUGGUCAUAUAUUGAGAGUUUACAGUGGCGUUUUGCCUUGGUCUCUUGCCUUGGAUUGGCUCACAGAAAAGCCAGAAUUGUUCCAACUAGCACUGAAAGCUUUCAGGUAUACUCUGAAACUAAUGAUUGAUAAAGCAAGUUUAGGUCCAAUAGAAGACUUUAAAGAGUUGACUAACUGCCUUGAAGAAUAUGAAACUGACUGGUAUAUUGGUUUGGUAUCUGAUGAAAAGUGGAAGGAAGCAAUUUUACAAGAAAAACCAUACUUGUUUUCUCUGGGAUAUGACCCUAAUAUGGGUGUUUACACUGGGAGAGUACUUACCCUUCAAGAAUUGUUGAUCCAAGUUGGGAAGUUAAAUGCUGAAGCUGUUAAAGGUCAGUGGGCCAAUCUGUCAUGGGAAUUGCUUUAUGCCACAAACGAUGAUGAGGAACGAUAUAGUAUACAAGCUCAUCCACUACUUUUAAGAAACCUUACAGUACAAGCAGCUGAUCCUCCCCUGGGAUAUCCAAUUUAUUCUUCAAAACCUCUUCACAUACAUUUGUAUUAGAGCCCAUUUUGACUUGUAAGUGUAUCGUCAAAAAUGAGAUGUCUUUAUUUUUUUCAUUCUAGAAAAGUAACAAUGUGAUCCCUCAUAACUUCACUGGACUUCUCUCUUUCCUCCUCCAAGUCAGAUACCUGAGAAAAGCUAAGCUCUGUAAAGUUGAUUCUCUCAGCUAUCUUAAUGUUUAAAAAAACUUUGUCUAACACAAAAGUUAGAAAUAAUUGGCCAAUAUUUGCGCCCUAAGGAUUGUGGUAGGCUUUAGCAAAUAUAAAACAUUUGUAUGAGAUUAAGUAAUGAAUUUAUUAAUGCUUUCUUAAAUAUGUGAUAGGUGGCUUGCUUUAUAGAAGUCAACAACUAUGUAAUUUUAACAUUCCUAGAAGAUAUACACACAUAUCAGUGUUUUUAUGUGACGAUAAUGGAUCCUGUUGAAGGUUGCAUAAUGUAUAUUUAUUUAUUUGAAAUAUUAAAUUUUAUAGUAUUUUCAAA